AUGCCUCACAGCCAGAAUUCCGACUGUACAAACGAAUGUCAUACAGGCAUUUACGGCGUAGAGACGCCUCCGCCCCGGAGUCCCAUCGUCCUUUCGCUCAGCUUCAUUUCCACAGCCCUGAUCUUUAUAGCCGUGCAUGCAUGCACUCUCGCGUAUGUACAAAAUGUCGGUAAGUUAUGCGUAAAAUGAUUCAUUCCCCAGAUAGCAGGAUCGAGUUUAUUUUUUGAUUUACAUACUUUACACUUUGCUAGGUAACUAUGUUAGAAUGACAUAAAGCCCCUUCAACUUCAUCAUGCGUCACGUAGCGUCUCGCCUCAAUGGGGCUACUGACCAACUAUCUUUGCAGUUCACACAUUCAGCCCUAAGAACCGCAAUUAGAGGUAGACUGGUAGAAUAAUUUGUUGGCAGCGUAUCUACAGAAGUUCCUGACACGUGACUUACAUCCCCAACAAAGGCUUGAUGCUCUCCAGACAGAAUAAACCCGUCAAGCCCAUUGAGCUGCAGAAAGUCCAAGCUUUCACUGACGGAGAAAUGGUGACCCUAUGCCCUCACUCAUUGCUGUCGCGUCUGCAUUCUGAAAUCCGGUGCGUGAGCUUAAAGUGAUGUUGCAUUAGAAUGUCUGUGUCCCCGGCAUUAUCAUUCUAAGUUAUCUACACAAAUCAUGUUGACGUGAACACUUUUCUUGGCUUAGCACCGACGAUUGUGAACUCGAUGUACGGCCUCAUCGGAACGAGUCUAGCGUUUAAUAUCCUCUUUCUCAUUGUCGCGGUGAUAGCUGCGCUUCGACGAAAAACAGUGCAUUACUUCUUUGUGUCCAAUGUCCUCUUUCUACUAAUGUGUGAGUUGUUUCUUAUAAUUUAAUCUUUAUUCGAAUUCCACUUGAAGUCAUGCCAAUACUUCCUUCUUUGUACUGUUACGACCGGGUAUGUCGAGGAGGCAGUUUCGGCUUCUCCUGGAUACCCAAAACUAAUACGCUUAAGAAUGCAGGACUACAGUAGAAGAUACCGUUGGAACAUAAUCAGUCAUAGAAAACGCAAACCCGCAGAAAGUUCUUCUGUUGUGUGUUUGCCAAUCUUGCUGCCAGACGGACUAUGUGGCCGGCAAAUGCUUCUGGUUAUGGCAACAGUAUAUGCACGGGCGUCAAACAACCCUCUUCCAUCCCGCCUUAAACACCUCUGGUUGUUGAAUUUGGACCGUCAUAAUGCGAAUGGUGUUAGGAAAAAGUCAAGAAGAUCGGGAUCAAGCGCAAGAAAGCAGCCCGUUUGGGUGAUGCACACACGGCCUGGUCCCCACUGAACGAACCAGGUUUGUACAAAAUAGGCGAAGGCUUGGAUCUAGCUCUUGUGAGUGUACCAUAGAGGACGAGGCUUUAGCCAAUAGACACGCUCACCUCGUGACAAAUGGGCAAUAUUCGUUGACUUUAGUGUGCGUGUCGGCACGGAUGACGCCGCCUGGGGGAGUGCUAGAUCUUUGUAGAGUAAGCAACUGUCGACGGAUGCUCUCUGUGAGGACACUGGACCAGUACUUCCUCGCUAGGAAGACUUGGAGGAAAAGGCGGUCUUCUGUCUGCUGGUGGAAAGCGCACAAAGUAAACAGUUGUCGAGAUCCCCUGCACUAUUCGCGUUAUUGCGAAUUAUUAGCACCCUUUUUAGUCCACCCCAGUUCAGUUUCCUGACAGAAGCUAAGAGGCGAGUUCUGCGAAGUAGUCGCGAAGGAGAAGACACGAUUGCUGGUACAAGUGCUUUAUUAGCCUGUCGCUUCGGAUUUUCACUCGAUUCUACCAUCAGAGACAAAGUCAGAUAAGGGUGGCGGAUUGCCCAGGUGUUCCAAUAUUUACAGGAUGUAGUUAGACUACUCAAUCGGGGAGGGACUCUUGGUACUGGAUGCUGGAAUGUGCGAACGUUCCUGGACCCCUGUACGCAAAGUCUGACUGCAUGCAGCCUUAAUCACUACAAUGUGGGUGUCUGCUGUCUAUCCGAAGUUCGACUUCCUGACUCGGGCUCUCGAGAAAUAAAGAUCCCUGGAGACGAAUCACACUUCACCCUGUACCACAGCGGCCCACGCAACUCUUCUGGUAGGCACGGUGUGGCUAUUGCCCUCUCGCAACAACCGGACCUCGCGUUACUUGCGUGGGAACCAGUCAAUGAUCGAAAGGGUCAUUUCACGAACAUCUCCAUCCUCUCUGUAUUCGCAGGAACUUCGACUGCCGAAUAGCGCAAUAAAGAGGCGUUAGUUGAACGACUCCCUCGCUGCGAUCUGCUGAUUGUUGCCGGGUAUUGAAGUGGUCGGACUAGACCUGGCGACUCCACAAACAGUCAUCCUCAUGGCCGCUUUGGACUUGGUUCCAGAUGUGAAAGUGGCGACAGAUUGCUGAACUUCGCUGAUCAGAACCGACUGCUUGUCACCUACAUAUGCUUCCAGUAUCGCAACAAACAUCUCCUGACCUGGUAUUCAAAUAACGAUCAUACGGCCAGUCAGAUUGACUAUCUACUAGUCAGUUCAAGAUUGCGCAGUUGGGUUCUCGAUAGCCGAUCGAUGCGUAGUGCUAAGACUGGUGACGCCCAUAGGUCGGACCAUGUCCUCGUCCGUACACGCUUGAAAGUUCACCUCUCAUCCGCGCAAAAAAUGUCAUGUCCUAGGCGCCUCGAUGUCGCAAAUAUCCGGCAAGGUAGCACUGUCUAGGCCCUGAGCAGAGAAAUCCGGUCCUGUUUUACGACCCGAGCCGACGGCAUUAUUCCGUGGUCGUCACUGAAAACGUCAGUCUAUGAUGCAGCUGGGAAAAUCCUUGGAUACCGCAGUGACACCGCCGUGACUGGAUCGGCGGAAGAACCCUAAAGUUGUCUGCUCAGGCAGCUGGAGCCAGGUCCCGUAAUGAUUAUUCCUUCCGCAAACAUCGGAAGAUGAUGGCAAUAUCGGCCAGGGAUGACCGGAAGAAAUAUUGGCCUGAAAUAGCGACUUCCAUUAAACAGGCCUCAAAUGUUAGUGACACUCGAAAAUUCUACCAACUUAUAAGCCAAGUUAGCGAUAAGCUCUCAACACUGAGUGACUCUUUUCGCGAAGUCAAUGGCGGCUUUAUUGUUGACAACUCGGCCGAAGUCGAGCGCUGGCAUGAGCACCUCGAGCACUAUCUCAACUUUGAAACCCAACACACCUCGCCCUUGCUCUCCUUUGCAAAGGAGAUUCUUCCCUCCCCAACCUCUGUAGUACCAUGCGACCCCCCUUUUGAAGGAGGGAUCGCCGAUGCCAUACGAAAACUACGCAACAAUAAGGCACCCCUAGAGGACGGUAUACUUGCUGAAAUCUACAAAUCUUGUGUCGAAACUCUGGCGCCCUGGCUCCAUGAGGUGAUUGAACAAGCGUGAAGAAAGAGGUUGCUCCUGAUGACUGGGGCUUAGGCAUCCUUGUACCCAACCUAAAGAAGGGAGAUAAGACGAUAUUCGAGGACGACCGAGGCAAAAGCCUGCGAAGAUCUUCGCUUUUGUCCUUCUCAGGCGAUUCUAGUCUGUGCGUGACUCUAGGUCGAGGCCCAACCAAGCCCGAUUCUGUGCAGGACGUGGAUGCACGGACCGGAUAUUCACACUGAGUUCCAUUCUCGAAUUUCGCCAUAACUACCAGCAACCGACGACCGUCCGCUUUGUUAACUCUGCUGCCGCGUUCGAUUCCGUCCAUCGUGAGUCCCUAUAGCGGGUAAUGGCGCUAGAUUAUGUAGCGCCAAGAAUCAUCGCCAUUAUCAAGGCCUAUUAUUGCUCCGCAGCAAUCUUACCCAACCGUGCGGUAUACGGUCUGGCGUGCUGCAGGGUUGUAUCCUGUCGCCCAUCCUGUUCAACGAUGCUAUUGACUGAAUUCUCGGGAGAGCCCUACACGAGGGUGAGGGUGUUGAAUUUGCACCCGAACAACGAAUGACUGAUCUCGACUAUGCCGAUGAUAUUGACUUACAUGCUUCAAGUUUUGGUGAUCUGUGGUCUAUUGCGUCACGGGUGAACGAGGUCGCUAAAUCGGUCGAUUUAUCCAUAAACGCUGGGAAGACUAAAGUGUUUUCAAGCUGCAUCCAUGACCAGGAGGAGGCACCUCUCAAGAUUGACGGCUGUUAAAUUGAAGUAGACAGUUUUAAAUACCUCGGGGCGAGGCUGCUGCCAAAUGGCCAAAUGACAUUGUCUCACGAACUGAUGCUGCCCGACGGCUCUUCUAAGCCUUAGUAAAUGUCUAUGGAUCCGACGCGACCUCUCCAUCGCCACUAAGAUUCGCCUGUACCGUGCGUCUGUCCGAUCUGUCCUUAUAUAUGCUUGUGAAUGCUGGGCUUGCGCGUGGAGAACGAGCGAAAACUGGAGGCAUUUAACCACCACUGCUUGAGGACCAUCCUUCGAGUGAAGUUCACCGACUUCGUUUCAAAUAAGACAGUCCGCGCUCGCUGCGACAACAUCACGAGGAUAACUCAGGCCAUCCAAGAAAGACGAAUGAGGGGGUUUGGACAUGUUCUUCUUCGUCCACCUCAGGAGCUCAGUGUUACUGCCCUUGAUCCGACACCGUUAAUCCACUGGAGGCGUCGAAGAGGGGGUCAACUCAAAACCUGGCUCGGCACAGUUCGUUAAGACUUAGAGGUGCUUCUAGGACCUCAGGUAUUCGGUCUUCGUUGUUGGUGAAGAGAAUGAGUUGCACCAUCUAGAUUUGCUGCCCGGGAUCGUCGCACGUGGAAAGGUAUAGUUUGGGAUAUCAUCGAGGCCGGCUAGAUCAGACAUGAUUGCAGCCGCACCCAGUACAAGUGAGCACCCAGGCACGAAGGCAUUGUGAAAACUCAUCAUCGCAUAUUCAAGAAGGACCCAAGCUGCGUAGACCUGAAUAAGAUUUAAGGAAAGGACGCGUCCGCUCGAUAUUAGUCAAAAACGAAAAGAAAGUAUUUUUUAGCAACCUUGGGGGGUUAGAGGAAACGACACAUACCAUGAUCCGACAGUUGGACUGUACAAACAACGACGUACGCCAGGUUCGCCUCGGCGUGGCCGCACCGUCAGUGGCUUGCGCAUGAUUCAGUUUAUGGUGAGGACUGACUUGCACAGAAUCCACCACGCCCUCCGCGCUACCAUUCGCCUUGCCCCGAGCGCAGGACACAGUCAAGACAACCGAGCUUUGGCCCUAACUCGGUGGCUGACAACAACAGACAACCUGUGCAAGCGUGCAUCACAUCCGACUGAAUCCCCACAGAAUGUACCAGGCUUCUAGCCAAGCAGCUUAAAUUUAAAAAUAUCUUCCAACCAAAAGACCGCUCCUGUUGUAAAUCCCUGUGGAGACGUGUAAAUGGAAUUUCCGACUGUAACUUCUCUGGGAAGAUAUUAGAUUUCUCAUGUUGCUUCCCUUAUAGGUCUCUUUGACCUCGUUACCGCGAUUGUCUACAUCGUCGAGGCCUGCGACCAAAAAGACCUUAUUGUCAGUUGGCCAGCAUGUGCUCCUGCGAUGAGCAUUAUUCUCCUUCCUCUGAUUGCCGAGGUCGUAAUGUUUGAAGCGAGAUGA